CAGCCCUGCCACCACGUGGAGCCACCCUCCCGGAUGCUGGAGCCCGCUGCAUCCCGCGCGUAUCGGGCGGCUCGGAGCUUGGGCGGGGUCAGCCUGGGCAGCCGCGGGUCUCUCCGUCGCAAGUCGCCAUCAGCGGGGGCGUCAGAAGCUGAGCAAUUAUUCCAUCUGUCUGGCAGAAGAGGAGAAUGAAGAGAGGUUAACAGAGUCUACCUACUCCUAAGCUUGCGAGUCCAUCACAGCUGCUUCAGAGAUGGCUUUAGAAUUUCCAUGUAGUGGGAAACUCGUUCGAUCUUUAAAAGCCCAGACUUGUAGCCUCUGAAUGUACUAGUGCACGUGCUGGAGGUGGGGAGAGGACGACGCGUGGACCUUCAAGUUGGGGAGAUCCCUUCCAGAGACCCGAAGUCAAAUCAGGUCCAGAGCUCGAGGGACUGGGAGGUGCCAUUGCUCAUCGUGGUGCUUGAGUGGAGCCUUGGUUGGUGACAGCAUGACAAGUGAGGUGAUAGAAGAUGAGAAACAAUUCUAUUCAAAGGCCAAGACGUACUGGAAGCAAAUACCACCCACAGUGGACGGCAUGCUUGGGGGGUACGGCCACAUCUCCAGCAUCGACAUCAACAGCUCCCGGAAGUUCCUGCAGAGGUUUUUGAGGGAAGGCCCGAACAAGACAGGAACGUCCUGUGCCCUGGACUGUGGUGCUGGCAUUGGCAGGAUCACCAAGCGGCUGCUCUUGCCGCUGUUCAGGGAGGUGGAUAUGGUUGAUGUGACAGAGGACUUUCUGAUUAAAGCCAAGACCUACCUGGGGGAGGAAGGCAAGAGGGUGAGGAACUACUUCUGUUGUGGUCUCCAGGACUUCAGCCCGGAGCCGGACUCUUACGACGUGAUCUGGAUCCAGUGGGUGAUAGGCCACCUAACCGAUCAGCACUUGGCUGAGUUCCUCCGGCGCUGUAAGGGGGGCCUCCGCCCCAAUGGCAUCAUCGUCAUCAAAGACAACAUGGCCCAGGAGGGCGUGAUCCUAGAUGAUGUGGACAGCAGUGUGUGCCGGGACCUCGAGGUGGUCCAUAGGAUCAUCCACAGCGCGGGCCUCAGCCUCCUGGCUGAGGAGAGGCAGGAGAACCUCCCUGAUGAGAUCUACCAUGUCUACAGCUUUGCCCUGAGAUGAACCUGGGCUGGCAAGAGAAACUGAGGACCCACGGCCCAGGUGGGGGUUGUUAGCAGUUGCGUGAGAUGCAGGCUCUACACUGACGGCUGUUGAGUGUUGAGGCCACUAAAUAUACCUGUCUGCCCUCCACUCA